AUGGUAUCAUGCCAGCACCCACUAUACAACAAUGGAAAGCCCUUCAAUGAAGCAUUCAGGAAAGUGCUACCAUCUAUCAUUGGAGAAGCUCAGGCAGCCUUUGUAGGAGGCAAACAAAUUCUUGAUGGUGUUCUGAUUGCUAAUCAGGUAAUUCAUUAUUGGAAACAAAGAAGGUCAGGUGGCUUAAUCUUGAAGAUUGAUUUUGAGAAGGCAUAUGACUGUGUAAAUUGGAACUUCCCGUUGGAUAUGCUGAACAAGUUUGGCUGUGGUAGAAAAUGGGGUGAGUGGGUAAAGGCAUGUAUAUCAACAACAUCUCUGUCCUUUCUCAUCAAUGGCUCACCAACAGAAGAGAUAUAUCCACAAAAAGGACUCACACAAGGUGAUAUCCUUUAUCCCCAUUCCUCUUUAAUGUCGUGGUGGAAGGCCUGA